AUGAUGGAAAAUAAUAAUACAUUAUCUUCUUCUUACAAGACCAAUAAGAACAACGAAAGCGAUAACAAGAAUACUAACAACAACAAUAAUAACAUUAAUAAUAUAACAAUACAUACGAGUCCAUCGCUGCCAUUAAUGGAAGAAUCUAAAGAACAAAUAUCUUCAACAACAACAACAAUAACGGAGGAAAAUAUGAGUCAGAUUGUACAACUGGGAGGAGAUUUGACCAUUAUCGAUAAUAACAACAAUAGAAAUUCAUCAUCAUCCUCAUCAACUUCAUCACCACUCAAAUUAUUUCUCAGCAAACUCUUUUCAAAGAGACGAAAAUCACAAGCUGAUAAUGGUGCUAAGAAUAAUAACAACAACACCACUACUAAUGGUUCUUCACCAAAUAACUCUCAAAACUCUAAAAAUCAAGCCUUUAAAAACCUUCUCACGCCCCACAGUGAUUCCUCCUCAUCACUGAAUAAUCCUAACAAUAACAUUUCGAAUAUCACAAGUCACUCCACCAACAAUAUUAUCAACUCGAGUACGAGUGGAAGAAAAUCGAAAAGACUUUCGGCGACCUUCUUUAAGAGAAGACACACCACUCAACUCUCGCAAUCACCAAUUCAUAGCUCAACACAGGAAAUUGAGAAUUUCAGAGAGGAAGCUAUUAAGAGACAAAUUCAACAAUCCAAUCAUGAUGAGUUUAUGUUUAACACUUCAAUUGUACCUCCUACGACAACUAGUCCAUCUUCUUCAGUGACAACAAUUAAUAGUGCAAUCUCAAUCUCACUCACUCCAAACAAUAAUAAUAGUGGAAAUACUCCACAUCCUAACAGAACUAGAAGGAGUAGCUCAUCAAAAUCCAUACCUGACAAUGCAGAUACAUUCUUUGAUGAAAACUCUGCUUUUGAUAUGGACGAUUUAAUGUGGAUUACCAUGGAACCAACCACAACAAGGACAAGUUUCCGACCAAAGACAGUCUCAUCAAAUUCUCUGAUUAGUGUCACAUCGAAUAAUGGUAAUUCAUCAACGGGUAGAAGAGACAGUGCUGCUCACAGUAGUGUUAAUGAUGAAGAGAUUGUUGAUGAUUUGGAGGUAAUCAUUCCAUGCAUAACAAUAGAUGAUGGUUCAGUGAUGAGAACCCUCUCUCCUACAACUUCAUCCACCACCACCACUAACAAUAAUUCGAGUAUCAUACAACCACCACCAUCAUCCACAAGACAUGUUAAUAGCUGGGAUCUAGAUGAUGAUAUUGAAGCUGCCCACAAUUCCUUUUCCUUCUCUCCAGGAAGUAUGAAUGCCUCCAACAUUAUCAAUUUGUAA